AGAAAACUUUAUGACUAUUUUAAAGUCGCAAUUUUAUAAAAAAAACUGCAAUUCAUAACAAAUUUAAUAUUUUUAUUACAUAAAAAAUAUGGCAGAGACAACUACUCAAGAAUCUGAAUCAAACCGGUCGAAAUCGACCGAGAAAACUAAAGAAAAAAAGGAAAAAUCCAAACCCCUAACUAAGGUUGUUAUUCGACGAUUGCCUCCGACAAUGAGUGAAGAAACAUUUCUAGAACAAAUAUCCCCGAUUCCUGAUCAUGAUUACUUUUAUUUUGUAAAUGCUGAUCGAACGCUUGGUGUCCACUCUUUCUGCAGGGCUUAUAUAAAUUUUGCCAAUUCUAUUGAUAUAUUCAACUUUAAGGAAAAAUUUGAUAACUAUGUAUUCGUAGACAACAGAGGUAAUGAAUUCCCAGCUGUCGUCGAAUAUGCGCCAUACCAAGGUGUCCCCAAAAAGAAAUCCCGCAAUGAUCCAAAAUGUGGCACCAUUGAAACUGAUCCUCAUUAUUUGGAAUUUUUAGAAAGUCUUAAAGUCGAUGAAAAUGAAGCCAAUAAACAGGAUAAAACAGAAUUCACUUAUCAAUUUAAAGAUGAUAAAAAGAAGACCACAACUCCUUUGUUAGAGUACAUAGCAGCUCGAAAACUUGAAAAACAAAGAAUCAAAACCGAAAGAAAAGAAGAAAGACGGAAAAGGGAGUUGGAACGCAAAAAAAUGAGAGAAGAGGAUCGCAGGAGGCGAAAAAUAGAGUUUAGCAAGGCUAAACAAAAUAUUAUAGAUGAAGAGACUUACGCAGAAGAUAAUAAUAUCAAGGAAUUAGAUGCAGAAACUGUUAAACCAAACACAAAAGAAGUGGAAGACAGUGCAAAAGCUGUUUCCAAAUAUAAAGGAAAAUCUUAUAAAGAAAAAUAUGCUGAAGACUAUCCCAGAAAGCCUUCAGUUGAUGACAGAAAAAUCGAUAUAAAAUCAAAAAUUCGUGACGACAGAAGAUACAACGAUGGCGAUCACCUUAGAAAAUCCGAGUACAGAUCAACUUACACCAGGAGCAAAAUUAAGGACGAUGAGCGCAAAUUUGAUGCCCAUCGAGGCGAUAGCAAAGAGUCUAAAAGAGAAGUUCGUCCUGCUGAAAUCUUGAAGCCAGAAAAAAAGUUUGAGGUCAAAAAAUAUAGUGAAGCCAGAAAGGAAAGAGAAGCUAGAAGAAAUGAGCUUAAAAAAAUAGCCAAAAAGGAUAAUGAAAUCGAUAAUGAUAAGACUGAAUCUGUGAAAGACUCUAAAACAGAUAAGAUUGAUGACACGGAUGGUGAUCAAAGCAAAAAUAAUAAACUUUCAGAUCCUGUGGAAGAUAGAUUAGAAGAAAAUGAUGCAUCAGAUGCUAUGGUCAAAGAUGUGGAAAAUUUAGCUGAAUCAUUGCAAGAAACAAUAACCCUGAAGGAUAAUACAGCAAAAACAGAUUCAGUUGAUAGCACUUGUGAAGCAAAUAGUGAAGAACCUUUGAAAAAAUCAAAUAGCAAAGGAAUAAAUAAGGAAAAUGAUCAGGAAGAAACGGAUUCUACUAAACCAAGUGAGGAGCAAUCACAUGACAAAGUUGAGAAUUACGAUUCAGAGGCCAGAGAAAACGAUGAUGUAAAGCCUAAGGAUACAAAAAAAUCUGAGAAAAGAUCACAAGAAGAUCGCAGAGAUCCCAGGACUGAACGCCGAAUAAGGAAUAAGGAUCGACCCAGUAUGGCAAUAUAUCAGCCCGGAAAAGCAAGAUUGAAUAAAGAAAAAUCAUCAACGAGUCUGAGUGAUGAAGCCAAGAUGUCUAAUUAAUUUCAUAUUUCUAGUUUUUUUUUAUUUGUUAUAUUGUAACCAUGAAG